AGGCCGGGCGCGGCGACGUGGGCGAGGAGGCGGAGGCGUACGCCGACUUCCUCGCGUGCGCCAUGCAGGAGGACGGUGCCAAGACCGCCCCGGCCCUGUCCGUUCUCGCCAUCGCGGUGUUCGCGUCGUCCGUCGGCAGCGUGGAGGCCUACCAGGGCGGCGGCUACCCGACCCUGCCGCGCGAGCAGCGUCGGGCCAACCUGGUGCUCGUGUGGCACAGGCCCGGCCACUUCGAGGCCGUCGUGUCGGCGGAGGCUAGCCAGAAGGCCGACCUCACGCUGGACGACAUUAUCCGGGAGGCCGAGCGCGACAUGAUACAGACGGCGCUGGUGAAGGCGUGAUGGCACCGAAGGACCAAGAUGUGAGGGGCGAAGGCGGGAAUGAGAGGUGCCGCUGGGAGCCGGGAAGCCGAAGGGCCAAGGAAGCGCCCGCCCGCGUCGCGCGCGCGGCCCGCGCCGGUCCGCCCGUGCACGGGCGAGCACCCAGAAUCGGGAGGCGCGGGUGCUGAAGUAGGCACCAGGUCUGCUCUUCCUCGUCCUCCACCUCGUCUUGCAGCAUCCGCGCUACACCCGUAGGUCGGCCCCUCUUAAGCGUGCUCGCGAGCGUGAAAGGCUUCGCGGGAGCUUUCUGAAUCUGCGUCUGGUCA